AUGACUCCAAACACAAACUUGCCAGAAGAGGGACGGGAGCAGCGGGACAGCGAACUUACCAGUGUAGAGGACAUACGGGGCGCACCUGGGUCUGGGCGACCCCAGAACAUACAGGAGGUGGCCAUAUGGAGGGAACACGGGGCGGCGGUACUCAGUACGCUCAACGCACUGGGUAAACCGUUCCGGCUUGUAGCCCAUGAACUUCCCGUGAAAGUGCGUGCGGGAUCCCAGACGAGCGUGUUCUCAUACGAAGAGCAGCCAAUCUCCGUGAAGUCCUGUAUCGUAGACAUUGCCCACAGCUACACCAAGCGCAAGAACGUGUUCCGACUGAAGACGUACAACGGGUCGGAGUACCUGCUCCAGGCCAAUGACCAGAUGGACAUGCUAGUCUGGAUACGACACAUCAGCGCGAACAAUAAUCCAGACCUUGACGCCAAUGGUGUUACAAACGCCGAGCUGAUUAUCCGCAAGAGCCAGGCGCUUACCGAGUCGGGACCAACCCUGGGGAACAACACGUCCCCAACCCCCGCCCAUAAGAUCACCAAGAAACUCUCUGUUAUCAAACAGAAAGUGCCGCAGUCUCCCAGCAUCAAGCGACGCAAGACAGUGUCCGGGGAUAAACUUGGCUCAAAGGGAUCCUUGUCUGUUUCAUUCAUAGAGGACACCGGGAAGCCGAAGACGUGGAAGGGUAAGCUAGGGAAGAGCAUUAAGAAGCACAUGGGCUCGAGUUCGUCCAUCGGGCAAAUUGCAGUCGUACCUGAGACCGGAGGGAUGUUCGGGGUGCCAUUGGAGGACUGUCUGCCCUCACCCAACUAUGAGUUUGUGCCCCUCAUAGUGGAUCUAUGUAUCCAGAUAGUUGAGGCACGUGGACUGGAGAUGACUGGUGUCUACCGUAUCCCUGGUAACAAGGCAGCCGUAACCAUACUACAAGAAGAAUUCAACAAGGGUAUCGACUGUAUGAACCUGGAGCAUGAGAAGUGGUGUGACGUGAACGUGAUCAGUUCUCUAUUGAAGUCUUUCUUCCGCCAGCUUCCUGAGCCACUAAUUCCCGAUGACCUGUACCAGCCAUUCAUCGAUGCAAGCCGUAAUAAGGACCCGGAGAAGCGCAUGUUGAAGCUGAAGGCACUCAUACACAAACUGCCGGAGCACCAUCAAGAGACGUUCAAACACCUUGCGCGACACCUGAACCGCGUAGCCCAGUACGCUGACGUCAACAGGAUGCAGGCCAAGAACCUUGCUAUCGUGUUUGGGCCGACAUUGAUCCGCAAGGCCGACGACAACAUGGUAGCCAUGGUGACAGACAUGUCGGACCACUGCAAGAUCAUAGAAAUUGGGUUAGAGGCUAGUGGGUUUGAUGCUUGUGGGUUAGAGGCUAGUGGGUUUGAGGCCAGUGGGUUUGAGGCUAGAAGGUUACAGGGAAGUUUGCUCAAAAAGGCUUGGUGUGAGUGGAUCUUUGGCUCCUGGGACAUGGACAGCAGCGUCCCCACAGAUGACGAGGCUGCAGAGUGCAUGUCCUUGGUGUCAGCGCCCUCCAGCAGUAACAUGAGAGAGGAGGCUGAGUUAAACCCACGUGAGAUUGUUUCAAGUAUCGUCUCGGCAGCCAAUCGAAAACUUCGGGGUGAAAGCCCAGCUCGCGUCUUGCCGCCGGACAAACGAAGCGUGUCCGUGUCAGACCCACCCCUUGGCUACAACGAGCGAAACAUAGACAAUGAGAUUCUCAUUAGGACGCAAAAGAUUGACACAACAUCCCGCAGCAGCCCGAAUCUAGCAGCCAUGCAGCAUAGCACGGACCUGCUGAAACCAUUACCGGAUCUACCAGACAGACGCAUGGCAAAGUCCCAAGACUUUGUAGACCGCGAAUUUUCUGACUUUGAUUUCAUCGAUUCCGAGAAGGAAAAUUCGGUGGCUUUUCUUACGCCGAUGACGCAGUAUUUUUCGGACGAGUCUCUACUGGACCGGAAUGACGAGUUGGAGCUCUCCCACGGCAGCACAUCACUCCACGGGAGUUUUAAACCGCUCCGACGUGAGACGAUCGACAGUCUGAGGCGCAUUGAGCUGGAGGCGCGUGCCAUUCGGGAACGGGAAGAACGGGAAGAGCGCCGACAGCGGGAGGAAAAGAAGCGUCAACUUGAGAGGCAAAGAAUUGAGGCAGAUAUCCUGCAGACGCAGCGUGAGCUAGAGAUUGAGGACAGGCAUAGCGUGGAAGAUCUGCUCCAAGCAACAACUGGAUAUUCACUGAGUCUGCACCCACACGGAGACACGCCAGAAGAAUCGGGUAGAACAAAACGGUACGGUGGUAGAGACUCACACAGGAGUGAUAAGCAUAUUGUUGUGAAGAGUAAUGUUGGUUCUAACUAUCGGUCAGCGCGGCAGCCCCGACAGACGAGCGCAGGGUCGCUGUCAUCGCAAGCAAAACGAACGGGCUCAGUAGAAAAUAUGGCGGACGGACACAGCUUUCCAAGUGCUAUUAACCGCCCCACCGCCCAGGUGAAGGCUCAGUCUAAGAGGGACUCAGCAGAGAUAAAGCGGCGAAGUGCGGGUUUAACCCGGACAGGUUCAGUGCGGCGCGGUUCUCUGGAUUCCCUGAUUGACUUGCUGGAGAGGCGGGACAACCGUAUGUCCUGGGCUUCCACAGACUCCGAUGAGGGAUUUGAUUUGCUAGCUACGCUAACCUCAACUUUCGAUAAGAAAUUGCAAACAUUAUCUAGUGCUAAAAUGUCCAAUUGUGCAUCAUCAUCAAAGCCUCCUAGGUGGGGUCUGAAUUCAAAUGGUGGCAGUGUAAGUAAUGGCGCUUUACCUGAUGCAGGCGAUUCCCCGGCAGCUCAGACGGCGCAGCACCGACUCCCUCCACAGCCUCCCCUGUCCCACUUAUCUCGGCAAGCAGCCAUGCAGGCAGAUAAUCAGGGUCAAGGAAAGCAGUACAGAGAUCCCAGCCUACACAGGACGCCACCGAAAUCGGACGCGAAGAUAGGAUUGGCGACCAGAUUUGAGAGAAGCACCACUCACAAUCCUCUCUAUGAAGGCCACAGUGAGCCAAGUCUUAACCUUCUGGUUCGGUCAGGUAGCAACAAUAGCGGUAUCAACCUGCACAGUGAUGUUACAUACUCGGCUGAUAGCGCUGUUGUCCAAGGGGUUGCUUCUAGGAUGAUGGAACGUUCUGAGAGUAACGCUGUAAUCCAAGGGGUUGCUUCUUGGGGGAUGGAACGUUCCGAGAGUAGUGCUUCAAUUCAUGGGGUUGCUUCUAGGGGGAUUGAAAGGUCCGAGAGUGAUUCAAGGGUUGCCUCAGUCAUGGUCGUGAUUUCCAGUCCAUCGAUAAUGUCUGCUGACAGCAGCGGUCGCAUGGCAAUACAGCAACACGUCUCUAAACCUCUCACUGCAUACCAGUCACCGCUAAAGUCGUUCUUAAACUCGCAGAAUGACGGUCUCCAUGGUGACCCCUUAAGGACAGAAACCCCACCAAAACGUCCAGACUACCGGCCAAUUACAAAAUCAGAAAAGACCGAAGUGAAUGUGAGACUAUCUCAGAGCUUAGAGAAAAACAGAGCAGCCGAGGAAUCUGACGCUGCCAGUCGUGGACCGGUUAGUGAGAGUGUGCCAAAAACUCGGUCUGCAUCGCCGCCUGUAUUCGGUAGGAAACGAAACGAGCAGUGUAAACGUCGUCGCCAUACAGUGGGUGGUACAAGUGAUAGCAAUAAUAUUUUAGCAAUGGACGCCGCCUUGUCAAACGUGAAACGACAGUCGGCUUGGGAGCAACUGCGACCGAACGUUGGUGCCAACGUUGUGCCUCACGCAAACAUGCAGUCGUGGCUGCAAGCUGAGCGACUCAGGGGAAGUUCACCUGAUCUGUCGUCCCUCAGGGAUAGGGGAAACAGACAGGCUACAUCCUGACCUUGAACUUUAGUAUUUACCAUGUUUUGACCUUAACCAUUGACCUUGGUUUUUACUUUGAAAAUAAAUCUUGGUUGGGGUUUGACCUGUGCUUGACCUUGAGGGAUUUCAUGCUAUGUUUGGUCAUUGACAUUGGAGUGUUUAGGAUUAUGUGUAUAGACAGAAGUUCAAAAUGUCGCAAUUCUGAUAAAGGGUAUUCAACUGCAAUAUGUUUGUUAAGAAGGUGAAACUUUGUGAACUUGAUUGCGUUGACAUGAACUUUAUAUUGACACAGAGACUCAAAUACAAUCAUCGAUAAUUGA